AUGAAGACUGCAGCCAUUCUCGCCAGCGCCGUUUUCGCGCUCUGUGUGACGGGAGCUCCGAUGGUGUCGCGCACCGAGGAGAAUACCCUGAUCAACGGCCGCGUGAACCCUAUCAAGCCACCCACGCUCGUUGAGUCCUUCGAGGACAUCAAUGGAGAAUGGCAUCUACGUCCUAAAGACCCGCUUAGAAGGACCGAUGACCAGUUGCGGUCUGUUCCCGAGGAGGACACCAAUGGCGAGUCUGUCAACAUGGUGCCAAGUUUCAAUUCGCCUGUUCGUACCGGUGUGGAAGAAACCGAAAAAUAUGAGCCCCUUCCGAUCGACUAG